GCUUUUGUUCUCCUCCCUAGUGUCUCCAAAUCCAGGGGGUGCUCCCGUGGAUCCAGUAACCCGUGUCCAGGGCCUCUGUGGUGCUCCGAUGCCCCUCUCCCACCCCUGAAGAUCCCAGGUGGGCGAGGGGAUGACCAACGGGAUCGCAAUCUUCCAGCCAAGCUGCUCUUCUCUGACGCUCAUCUGCUGGUUUUUGAGGAGCCCCCCCCUGCCAACGGCCGCGUGCGCUUCCUGCUGUUCGAGCCCCGCCGCUCUGAGGGGAAGCCGUGUGUUUGGAGGGCUGCGCUGAAAGGAGCUAACCUCUACGUGGAAAUCCCUCCUGGAGCUCUGCCCGAGGGCAGCAAAGAUGGGUCAGUCCAAAACACAAAGACCAGAUCCAGAACAUUCAGAAUCUCGUCUGAAACCGUNUGGUUUGCAGCUUUAUCUAUCAACAGUUCAGGGAUCAGCUCUGAACUGGAUCAGCUCUGAACUGGAAUCCACUCUGAACUUGGUUCAAUCUGACCGGGUUCUGCUCUGAACUGGAUCCAAUCUGACCGGGUUGUGUUCUGAAUUGGAUCCACUCUGAAAUGGAAUCCACUCUGAACUUGGUUCAACCUGACAGGGUUCUUCUCUGAACUGGAUCCAACCUGACAGGGUUCUUCUCUGAACUGGAUCCACACUAAAAUGGAAUCCACUCUGAACUGGAUCCACUCUGACUGUGUUCUGUACUGAACUGGAUCCACUCUGAACUGGAUCGUCUCUGACCAGGUUCUGUCCUGAACUGGAUCCACUCUGAAAUGGAAUCCACUCUGAACUUGGUUCAACCUGACCGGGUUGUGUUCUGAACUGGAUCCACUCUAACCGGGUUCUUCUCUGAACUGGAUCCACACUAAAAUGGAAUCCACUCUGAAAUGGAUCCACUCUGACCAGGUUCUGUACUGAACUGGAUCCACUCUGAACUGGAUCCACUCUGGCCGAG